AGCCAGAUUAAACCAGAGCCCGUGGCUCCAGGAACUAGUCUUUAGGAGGCUACAGACAUGCAGGGCAGUCCCAUUUCUUUAAGCACAUGAUUCUUCAGAACUCAUAAGAGUUGGUCCGAAGAAGAGGGAGCAGCAGCUUGAAAAGCCAGAAGUCUGCCAAGCUAGUUCAUUUUCGCAGGACUCCCAUGGCCAAACCAACCUCUUCCAUCUCCUUGCAAGAUGAAAGAAAGGAGCCAUGAUUGAGACACUGGACAGCCCAGCCAAUGAUUCUGAUUUCCUGGAUUACAUAACUGCUUUGGAAAACUGCACUGAUGAGCAAAUCUCAUUCAAGAUGCAGUACCUUCCCGUCAUCUACAGCAUCAUCUUUCUCGUGGGCUUCCCGGGAAAUACGGUGGCGAUUUCCAUCUACGUUUUCAAGAUGCGACCUUGGAAGAGCAGUACCAUCAUCAUGCUGAACCUGGCCUUGACGGACUUGCUGUAUCUGACCAGCCUCCCUUUCCUCAUCCAUUAUUACGCGAGCGGUGAAAACUGGAUCUUCGGGGAUUUCAUGUGCAAGUUCAUCCGAUUUGGCUUCCAUUUCAACCUUUACAGCAGCAUCCUCUUCCUCACCUGCUUUAGCCUCUUCCGUUACAUUGUGAUCAUUCACCCGAUGAGCUGUUUUUCUAUUCAGAAGACUCGAUGGGCGGUGGUGGCUUGUGCUGGGGUGUGGGUCAUUUCUUUGGUAGCUGUCAUGCCCAUGACUUUCCUGAUCACAUCAACCACCCGGACCAAUAGGUCUGCUUGCCUUGACCUCACCAGCUCAGAUGACCUCACUACUAUCAAAUGGUACAAUCUCAUUUUGACGGCUACCACUUUCUGCCUGCCCUUGCUGAUAGUGACACUCUGCUACACGACGAUUAUCAGCACCCUGACUCACGGACCUCGGACCCACAGCUGCUUUAAGCAGAAGGCUCGGAGGCUGACGAUCCUGCUCCUCCUUGUGUUCUAUGUAUGCUUUUUACCCUUCCACAUCCUUAGGGUCAUUCGGAUCGAAUCUCGCCUGCUUUCAAUCAGCUGCUCCAUCGAGAGUCACAUCCACGAAGCUUACAUUGUCUCUAGGCCAUUAGCUGCCCUCAACACCUUUGGCAACCUGCUGUUAUAUGUCGUCGUCAGCAAUAACUUCCAGCAGGCAUUCUGCUCCGCAGUGAGAUGUAAAGCCAUCGGGGACCUUGAACAAGCAAAGAAAGACAGUUGCUCAAACAACCCCUGAGUCAUACCAUUUCAUCAAAGCCAGGGAGAUGUCUCAAAGCUCUUGACAUGCAAAUGUGAGAAUCUGAGAUAGAAUCUUUGGAGCCCAGUUAAACUGUGUGUGGUAGCAAGUAUCUGCAAUCCCAGUGCCUCUGUGGUGAGGCGGACAUGGAGCUAGGAGAAUCCCUAAAGGCUCAAGGGCCAGCUGGCCAACUGUACACAAUGACUAACCUCAGAGACCUUGUUUCCCAGGAGACAAAAGGGGAGGUUUCCAAUGCCUAAAGCUGUCCUUUGAGCUCUAAGUGUGAGCUGUACCCUGUAUUCACACACUGACACAAACAGCCAUGUGUCAUUCACACUUACAUACUCAUCAAAUAUCAAUCAACCCAUCUAUCCAUCACACAUAUACAUUCAUCAAAUACCAAUCAAUCCAUCCAUGCAUCAGUGAAUCAAUCAAUUAACACCCCCUGAUAAUUUGUAUAUAACUUCCAAGAAAUCCUGAAUACCACCUCUCAGUGGAGCCCCAAGUAACUACAGAGUAUUCAGGUCAUUAUGAACCAAAGCUAUAGGCAAGGGCACUUGGGAGAUCUUUGUGAUAAGUUUUUUGAGAACUUUGGGUAGAGGAUGAGAUAAAAGAGUGUCAAAGUAUAUAUAAGAUUAGAAACUAUGAAACUCAGAAAUUUUCUGCUGCCACGAAUUAAUUGCUUCCACAUAGAAACUAGUGUUUGCAUACCAGCGCCGGACCUCCUACUUCUUUAAUGUCAAGAUGGGAAGACCCAGACAAACUAGAACCAAGCAAAAGUCAAGAGUAUUCUUCAUGCCCAGUUUCCUGUCCUUUCAGACUUUGGGGCCUAUGUUCACUGAAAUCCUAUAUUAUCCAAAAGGGUCAUGUCUUUUCUCAAUAUUUUUUUUAUCUUUACAUGUCUUUCUUCCUUUAAAAUUUGAGAUUGUUGUUCUGAGUUUUCCUCUCAGCUCUGGUUAGUUCUUUAGACUGAAGGAAGACGUUAGGACACAGAAGGCGGGGGGGAGCUGGGGAAAUGGCCCAGCCCAGAAAAAUGCCUGAUGUACGAGCAUGAAGGCUUGAGUCUGGUCCUUGGAACCUAACCAAAGGAUCCUGGUGCAGAGAGGAAUGCACUUGGAACUCCAGCUCUGGGCAGCAGAAACAGGCAGGUCCCUGGAGCUUGAGGGCCAGCCAGCCUGGCCUACUUAGUGAGCUCUAACACAAUGAGAAACCCUGACUCAACAACUGAGGGAUAGAGCUCCUGAUGAAUGACAUCAAGGUUGUCCUCUUGGACACUUGGUGUUCUCAGUGCUGUAGGCCACUUUAACAAUCGCUUAAUUUGUAAAUCAUAUUGAGUUAUAUUGGCAAUUGUCAACAUUUCCUGGGGAAAAAAGAGACAUAUUGAUGACAUUGAACUAUGUUUAAGUAUCAUCUAUAUAUGAGGUGCUAAAUCAAACUAACAUUGUUUUAAUUUCCAGGGGGAAAUUAUUAUUCUCUUUAGGCAUUGUAAUCUUUUAGUGUUAUAAUAAAAACAAUACCUGUAG